GCGCGGCGUCGCGACGCGCUCUUGGCCCAGUCGUUGUCGGGCCGCGCUUCUGCUCUCCACCAUCUUGCCAGUCUUUCCUCCUCUUCUAUUUCCGCUUGCAGCCUACCGAAGGACCGAACAACAUAGUCCACAGUUGACAAAAAGAGUGCCAAACUAAAAUCCAGGAUGGAUCCUGAGGCCUUCCUCGAUGUCGCCAAUCAAGUGGUGAAACUGAAAAUGUUCCCCUAUUUCGACAUAGCCCACUGCGUGCUGUGCGCCCUCCACGUCAGGGAAGAUCUCGGAGCCGGUGCUCAACAAUUUUCCAGGAAACAUCCCAUGGCCUGUUGGUUAUCCUACAUGUUGGUCGUGUUCGCUGGUGGCAUGGUAGCAAACGGUUUACUUGCUGAACCAAUCUUAGCUCCUCUCAAAAACACUCCUCAAUUAAUAGUUGCAACCUUAGUAUGGUAUGUGAUAUUCUACACACCUCUAGACAUCGGUUAUAAAAUAGGUAAAUUCCUGCCAGUCAAGGUUGUCUGCUCAGCGAUGAAAGAAAUCUACAGAUGCAAGAAAGUGUACGAUGGUGUCACACACGCUGCGAAGCUGUAUCCAAACGCAUACCUCAUUAUGAUCAUUAUUGGUACAUUGAAAGGCAACGGAGCCGGCUUCACACGACUCAUUGAGCGUCUUAUCAGAGGAGUUUGGACACCAACAGCCAUGGAAUUCAUGCAACCCAGUUUCUACACAAAAUCCUGCCUGGUCGCUUCAAUCAUCUUCAUUUUGGACAAGAAGACUGAACUGAUUUCAGCACCACACGCCCUCGUCUACUUCGGCAUCGUGAUCUUCUUUGUUUACUUCAAAUUGUCUUCCAUUCUGUUGGGAAUACACGAUCCAUUCGUACCUUUCGAAAAUCUCCUGUGCGCUCUCUUCUUUGGUGGCAUUUGGGAUUCCAUGGCCAAAAUCUUUGGACGUGGCCAGAUUAAAGAAGGAGAAUCAAAAGACGCUAAAAAAACUAAUUGAAUAGGAAAUUAAGCGAAAUACCUCCAAAAGUGCGGAUUGGAUGGUUAUUUCGGAAUUGACACACAU